CUGAGAUCCACCAGCUCUCCUGUGAUUGGCUGUUUGGCUGACUCAGCGUUCAGGUAAGCCGCAGGUUCAUUUUCUUACAAAGGUUUACUCUUUUAAUCUUUCACCAUCGAUGAAAGACCACAUUAAAAGCUACGAGAGCGAACUCUUUGUUAUUUUCUGCUGUGUCACAGAAAUUCACAGAGAUUUAGCUUCAUAAAAGUGUUCCUACCCACAUUGGACAUUUUACUACUGAAGCCUUAGGUGGUGUUGUGGAUCAUCCAGAGUGAUUUAACUGUAUGUUUUUGGACCACAGUGCCUUUCAUGUUGUGUUUUCAAUGUUGUUUGCUGUGCUGUCAUUGCUAGAGAGCUUCUACACUGCCUUUUGCUGUUUCAGAACAAUAUCAACAAAGAUUUAUUUAAUUCUCUUCAAUUCUGUUAAACUACCAGGGGCAUGCUCAGACUUUUUUAACCUGGGUGGCCCAAUUGAGGUACUAUUUUAUGCAGGGAUGGCACCAACUACUGUUUGUGCACACAUAUACACACAAACACUGAUAGAUGGCAGCAUUUUACCUUUUACAAUACAUCUACAACAAUCAAAUCUACUUGGAUGCAAUAUUUUUGUAUACAGAGAUAAUUUUUGAACUUAGACAUGUUAUGCAACAGAGUGGCAACUGUAAUGAUCAAAAAAGGAAAUAUUCACUCAUAAGUUUUGUUUUGAAUAAGCUGCUGAAAGGUGUGGUGGGGAUUUUUUUUUAUUUUUAUGAAAUAGACUAAAAUUUAUAUUCAUGUCUUUUCAGGAUAUCCAAAAGCAAACAAGAUCAUCAGGGACAAGACAGAAAAAUGUAUAUCAUCAUGUUUACGUCUGAAAGCAGUGUCAGGAGGUAAGUGUCAGCCAAGCAGCUGGAGAAACAGUUCUAUUUUUACAAUUCUCACACAAAAUAUUUACAAUAAAUAAAAGAUUUGCCUGUCAAAAGUCAGCAGGAUGAGAUUUUUUUUUGUUUUUGCUGAACGACACUUCUUACAGUUCUUUACUGGAGCUUUAAAAAUUGCAAUCUACAGAAUGCAAAGACAGCUUAAACUAGCCAGGAGCAACCAAGUGGUUUUUGACAUAAAUCUCACCUCUGACAACUAAAGAUUCAGAUCUUUCUGUAAUGUCACUUAGUGAAGCUACCAAAACAACACAACACACUGAAUCUGGGGCGUCUGGUCAUCAUCACACAUUACCAAUAGUCAUGUGACUACAACAUGACUCGUACUGAGUGGUGAAUCUCAAAAGCAGAAGAAGAAAAAGAAGUCAGGAAAGUAGAACUGGUGGGGGCUUAAACGAGGUUGAUAUAUCUCAAUGUGGGGGGCUGAUGAAUUUAGAUGAAAACAGAUCUGAUCGCUUUUGUUUGUAGUUAGACAAGUUAGGACUCAGGAUAUAGCCUUCAAGUACAGAUAAAAAAAUUACUUUAAAUCUUUUCUGUGUGAAUUUGAUGUUACUUACUUUUAGCUUAAACCAGUUUUUGAUAAGUAGUUCAUUUACAUAGUAGAAUAACGUUGUUUCCUUACUUUGGCAUUUGCGUUUUAGAUUUAAGUGGUAAAUAUUGAGUUUGUUCUCUACAUUGACAUCAUCAGAUACACAUUGUUUUGCUGUGUUAUCAUUUAACAAAAAUAAAUUUCAAAAAAAUAAACUGUCCUCUCAGGUGAAUUGUCAGUGUGUACAUUUCAUCCUGGCCAAAAUUAUUAUUUUUUAUUUUCUCAUAAUUUUAUUUAUUUUCAUUUGGAGAGUGAAUCAAAAAUAACAACAAAAAUAGCGGCUAAUUAGCAACAAAAUUUUCAGAAAGAAGAAGAAUGGGGAUAAGUUUGAUUAAACGGGUGAGCACGUGCGUGUGUAUGACCAACACCACCUGUUGGGUUUCCACAAAUGGAAUGCUGCGCUUCAACUCCUUAUAUGGUCACAAUCAGCGUCAGACGGAAGUUAGUGAGUCUUUUAUUAUUGUCCCCCUCGUAGAGUGUUGGUUCCUUGUACUCUUAAGCCUAUAUCAAUAAGCAAUAUCAUCUUGUUAAACAAAUCAAAAUUACAGCCUGUGUUUAUUUUAUACAUUGUUGAUGAAUGAGGGGCUAUCUCAACCCUUAAUGUAUUUGAUAAUUAUUUAAAUUCGCCGUCGGUUUUUGUUUUCUGCCGGAGUCGGUCCGUCGACGCUCCUUCUGUUUCCGUGUCUGGGAGGAGAGCAGUGGUGUGAUUUCAGAGGAGGAUUUUAUCGGACAAAAUGCAGGUUUGUAACGGUUUUUUAAACUCUUCAGCGCCUAAUUCUGAUGUAUUUGGCUACAGUUAUUUACUGUCGACUGAUGCCGGUGAUAAUAUUGUGAUGGUUUUAAGAAUAGAGGUUUAAUUACGAGUACGGAGUGCGGUAGGGCGUUAAAAUGUUAGCUUCACUCUGGCUAACUGAGGUCUGACCUCACUUGACAUCUUAAAGUUACUCAGAAUAAGAGUAAAACCUGAUCAAACCUCACUCACCCUUCGCCCUAAUACCUUAGGCAUAUUUUUAUAACGGAAAUGGGCAGGGUCUGUUUAUUGUGGAGCACUUUUGGUAGUAGUAUUAGUAUGUUUUACAUGUAUGUAAGGUAUUAAGAAGAGUCUGAGGAGCUAAUCUGGAAGCACUGUACCUGUAGUUUUUUUUUUCUGUACGUGAAACUAUACUAUCCCAGAGAAACUUUGGGACUCUUUGGGAUAUUACAGACAUUUUUAACACAGCCUCAGACUAGUCCCACCUAGACUUAUCAGAGCUGGACUGUAUUAUCCCAGAUCAACUAACAACUCUUUAAAACCAUUUUUAUACUUUGAGGAGUGUACUCCUUAUGUGAAAAAGUAGAAGAGGUAGAUUUUUAUCACUUCUGGACGACCGUGGAUCAGGUUACAAAAGCAAAAGAGAAAGUUCCCCUUUUCUGUACUAUCACACAUAAAAUAAAGGAUUCACAGAUCUUAAAUUCUGGGAUUAUCUCGUCUAGUCUAUGUCUGACAAGUCAAGAUGCAGUGGUUUUGGAUUAGGACCGGGUUUCCUUAAUCCUCUUCCUAACAAACAAAUCAGACUUUAUUGUCAGCUCUUUCCUAGUUUAUUAAGGCUAAAAUUAUGUUUUCACAUACUUGUGUUUAGAGACACUUUAAGUAACUGGUUUUGUAUUCGGUUUUAUUUCCCAGGACCCAAAUGAAGACACAGAGUGGAAUGAUAUCCUGAGGAAAAAGGGUAUCCUGCCUCCCAAAGAGGUACCCAAAGAUGAUGAAGAGGAGGAGCUGGCACUCCAACAGCAGUCUGUCGGUACGGGAGAUAUUUGGAAAUAUACCUGCAUGUCACUUUCUGUGUUGCUUGAUAGAAAAAGUUCACUUCUCUACUUUUAAAUAAAACCCUGAUUAACUUAAUUCACAUUUUUUUGUUGUAACCGCAGAAGUAAAAAUAAAAAAUAUAUAAAAAUAUGAAGUAGUUUCAAGUGAUCACUGAAGCCUUUUGUGAUUGUUUUUUUUUUCUGAAAAGUAAAAACAUAUGAGGAUAUGACACUGGAAGAACUGGAGGAGAAUGAAGAUGAGUUUGGUGAAGAGGACGAAGCUGCUAUUGAGAUGUACAGGUGAGUGGAGGGGGUCUCGUCCACAAAGAAACCGCAGUAAUUGCAUCUGACCAGGACAUUUAGACUUAUGAUGGACAUCACUUUAUAAUGAGUUGUGUCUCCUUGCAGACAACAGCGUAUUGCAGAGUGGAAGGCAACUCAGAUGAAGAACGUCUUCGGUGAGAUGAUGGAAAUCUCUGGACAGGAUUAUGUCAAGGAGGUCAACAAGGCUGGAGACGGCAUCUGGGUGAUUCUGCACCUCUACAAACAGGGGUAGGGCAUGCAGUGUAAUCUUACAUCUUGCACCCAGUGAGAAUGAAACAACAAAAACAUAAAAAACUGGAAGGCUUUGGGGAAUAUUUCAUAUAUAAGAUCUAAGAUCUGAGCUGAGUUUGUGUCGUUUCAUUGUAAUCCUUCAUGUUUUUCCCAGCAUCCCUCUGUGUACGCUCAUCAACCAGCACCUGAAUACAUUAGCCCGCAAAUUUCCUCAGACCAAGUUCCUCAAGUCCAUCUCCACCACCUGCAUCCCCAACUACCCAGACCGCAACCUGCCCACCAUCUUCGUCUACUUCGAGGGGGAGAUGAAGGCCCAGUUCAUCGGACCACUGGUGUUUGGGGGCAUGAACCUAAAAAUUGAAGGUAGGCUUUUAGUUCCUGGCAAAAAAAUGUCAGCAAAUAAACUUUAAGGCCACCAUGAUAUAUCUGAAGUAAUGUAGAUUGUUGCUGUGGUAUUUAAACAAGCUUAAAACCUCAGUUGAUUUUUGUAUCAUAUGGAAAUUCAAAAUUCUAACAAACUCUGUUCUCCUCAUCAUAUUUUAUAAAUAUGAUGAUUUUUUUGUCUAAUUUGUCCUUUCUGUCCUUCCCAGAGCUGGAGUGGAGGUUAUCAGAGUCCGGAGCUGUAAAAACAGACCUGGAGGAAAACCCGAAAAAGCAAAUUGAAGACAAGCUCAUGACAUCAAUCAGAUGUUCGAUGCCUACACGAAAGGACAGUGACUCUGAGGACGAGGACUAUUAGAAAAGAAACCCCUGAUACUCCAAAAUAGAAAUUCCCAAUGGUCUCUUCAUGGGACACAACCAGCGGAGCUUUAGAUAUUAAGAUCUGAAUCUGAAACAGGGUUCAGUCCUGCUCAAGGGAUCUUGGCUGGGACUUCCUACUGGAAAGAAUCACACCCUGUUGCUGAACCACAAAGCCCUCUGUACCUUCUGUGGACAAAUGGGAAAACAGCCAGUCACUCUUUUGUAAAUUCAACAAAAUGUCCGUCCCCAUCACCAAAAGCAGCGAAGACGAGUUUUAAGAUUUUUAUUAUAUUUCAUGAUAAUUAUGUCACAAAUGUACAUGUACAUUUAAAUCUGUUGAAUUAAAUGUGAGUUCAUCUCUUUGCCACAUUUAUAAGUGCCUGUGUUUUUCCUAAGUUUGCAUGUUGUCAGUAUUUGUGAAUAUAAAGGAUCUCUUAGAGAGAUGACUUUGAACACCUUAAGGAUUUUUUGACACCUGUGUCUUGUGCUACGGUGCCAACAUGCCAAAUUUGUGCUUGGGAGCGGUUCACAUUGACUUUGGAAGCAGGAAGACACAUGGCUGCAGCGGCAGUGCAGGUCUAUUAUUCCAUCUGUACAGAAGUUGAAUUUCUCCAGAGACGUGUUGCUCCACCAGUUGAUUUCGUUGUUAGGUUCAGGGUGCUGCCUGCUCUUCUGUUAACUCUGUUGUAUCCUCUUGUUUUUGUAGCCUUUUCAUUCUACAACAUCCCCUCUGGCAGACCACGAAUCUUCUGUUUCAUUAGGGAGAAAGAUGUCAGUGACAGCAGUCAACUUAACUUUAAACAUUGAUGGAAUUAAACAGGAUUAACACUGGCUUUCUUCAUCACCUCUUCACUGUUGAAUCCCUUCAAAAACAGUUUGACUUUUUCAUACAUAAAAACACUGGUAGCUAAUUCUCUUUACAUUUUGUUUGUGUUUUUCCUCACUUAUGUCAAAAGGUGAUAAAAAUGUUAUAACAGCCAACUGCUCAGUGAGAUUUGUGUGACUUCUCCUUGGUCUUCUUAGUUGCUUAAAACUGGUGAACAACUUUUUACUUUUGCAGAAUCCACUCAAAGAAGAUUGGCAAACUUUUACAGCCAUUGGUGGAAUCUACAUGUGCCGCUGCCAGGUUGUAUAGUACUCUAUAUAACUCCACACAAAGUCAAGAAAAAUUAGAUGCAAUUGCAGAGCGAUUUUGGAAACGAAGCAGCUCUAAAGCUUUCUGGUAUAAAUUUGUCCCUCUUAACUAUGUUUUUUUUGUUUCUCUGUCUGUUCAGUGCCACUUUCCAGCCCCUGUCAACACUUAGUAUCUUUUGAUGUCCCAAAAACUGAAAGCUGAGAGCUAAAAUUUUAAGGCUGAGAACUAAGAAUGAGUAUUUAUCUCAAUUUUCUCACCAAAAGCAGAACUUUCUUAUUUUUCCUUUUGGCCAGCUUGGGGGAAAGUCGCAUCAAAGGAUGAACUGAGUGAGACUGGAAGAGAGAAGAGCAGGAACAAGAAUUAGUUUUAACAAGAAUCAACUUCAAAUGAUAUAACAGAUCAAGUGUUUCAUUUUGUGAUAGAAAAAAAAACCUUUAUUAAUUACUUGACAUUUAAUUCAACCCAAAUUCCUUAAAAGAAGAGACACUGUUUAAAGUGUUGUAAUACAUAUACUGUAUGUAGUAUAUGUAUAUUGAUUUAUUGAUAUUGAUUUAACCCAUCUGUUCAUAUUGAGAAGGCUUUAUGACCUGCAGAAUAAGAAGAACUCCAUCGAUCCCCAAAGGGAAAUUCAAUAUUACAGGCAGUCAGCUCUACAUCUUGUGGCUUCACCGUGAAGGAGCUAUAAUCUUGUCCAUCUUUUGAUUACAAAACCAUGUGUGGUUAGUUUGUUUCUCUGCUCACCUCCACCUGCUGCACAGGUCCCACAGAGUUGCGUGCUUUAGAGUAAUGAAACAGGAACUAAAUAGAGAGAAAUAAUCAGGUCAGCGAGAUGCUGCUGGGAAAACAUGACAAAUAAAACAAAUUUCAGGAACUGAGGUAGAAAACUCACCCUCUUAAAUACAUUCUGGACCUGCUCCUGUGGGUCAAUAAAAGAACAAAAUAACAUAAUAAAUCAUUUACAUUUCACUGGAUUAUCACCAUCAACUGUACCGUGAUUUACAUACACAUAUUUAAACAGGGAUUACAAUCUGGCUAAACAUGCUCGUGCACAAACACAUAUACUUUAAUCUCUUAAUGCACAGUGGUUAAAGAGUCCACCCCAAGUUUUCCCUUUCCACAUUUUGUUAGAUACAAAAUCACCUUUCUCCUUUUUGAAGGUGGAUUUAUGCACAGUAUCUUAGAAAUAUCUUAAAAUUACAAGGUAAUUUAAAAGGGUGACGUACUUCAGAAUUAAAGUCCUGUUUUUUGUACUUACAUCAUUCUGGUUCCCCAAUAAAACAUCACUAUAAUCACCACUUUGGAUACCCCGCAUCUGUAAAAAUAUGGCAUACUUCAGCGCUAACACACAUGAAACUGCUCAAUAUCAACAGUCAGAAAACAUAAGCAAAGACAAAAGAUGUGUCACUUUGUCCACAGAGGAGCUUUAAAAUAUUCAGGCAUUCAGUAUUUUUAUUACUGCAAGACUGAGAGAAAAGCAAACACUUAUUUGACCACCCUUGAUUUUAUUUACAACAUAACAGUCUUGUCUUUGCUCAUGUUUUGAAAACAAUCACAUUUUCAAUCAGCAGAAUAAAACAUUAAUGAGAGUCUUACUGAUACACUGUAUAAUUGUAAGAGAGUUCAUUUCCUACCUUUCUUAAUGCUACACCAUCUUCCCACUGGUCAUAUGGACUGUAAUCUAAGGGAAAAUCAGACAUGAUUGAUGAAAUAUUUUAGUCACUGCACAUUUAAUCACAUGGCAACAUUUAUUCACAAACUUUAGACUGACAUAAAAAAAUUACUGGUUAGACCCUACACAACUCCAAGAAUCAUCAGUCAAGUACAACAAAACAAGAAACUUCUGUAAAAUUUUGAGGAAAACAAAUAGAGUUAAGUCAUUUUAAACAGUUGGGUCAACUAUUUACUGAAUCUUUACAGCAUUUAGUUGUAAUUUGAGUUUUUUUUUAAGUUCUAAUGAGGAGUUUUUAGAUGGUUAAAACAGACUAAAAAUAAAACUGACUCCCCUUAAAGAGCUACAAGUGCAAAUAUUAAUAUCAGCAACAAUACUUAUUUCUAUAAGGUUAUUUUUAAUGACUGAAAAGCUGCGGUCUGUUUGCAUGUUUUGACUGCUGUAAUCUCGAUGGCAUUGGAACCUCAAUGUCCUUUUGUGAAUAAAUAAAGGUUUAAACUGACUCGCAGCGACCCACAACAUUUCUGCAUUUUUGAUUAAAGAUGCACAAAUAAGAUUUUUAGUUGAAAAACAUUUCUCCCAUGUUUAAGAUGAGAUCAGAUGAAGUGCUGUUUUGUCCAGAGGGGGGUGCCAAAGUUAUCAACAACUGCAAGUUCUUUACAGGAGCUUUAAUUUCAAAAUUCUUCAUACAAAUUAUUCUGAUAUUACUUAUUUAGUUAUUUUUAAUUACAAGAGAAACACAGUUUUAGCCUUUUAUUGUCUUCCGGUGACGAUGAUUUAGACACAAAUCAUUUUAUUACUUGUAGUUUACAUCUGAAAACUUCUCUGACCUACAUCACAGAAAAACUUAAUUUAAUCUCUAGUUUAUAUGCCUGUUAUAGUUGUUCAGUUUUGUAUGUGUGACAUUUUAGAGGAACCCUUAAAUAGAGAUGUACAACAUUAUGAGCCAAAUAUCAGCACAAAAAGGCUUAGAGAUCAGCACUGGUACUGGCAGAUGUGAAAUGUCUGCCAGUAUGCACUCAUAAUAUGCGUCUGAUGACAGCUUAUGUCGACAAACAACAAGCUUUAGCAUGCCAGCAGAGUGACAGUAUUUCAAAGAGUUGUUAUCAGACAGCAAGAGAGCUGUAAGUAUUUUCAAUGCCUGUGAAACAAAGGGGAUGAGAGGCAUCUUGAGAACUAUCAUCUGGAAGUGUCUGACUAAUACAUUUUUCAUGUAUGGUAGAAUCAAAUGAUUGUCUUGAUUUAUGUAUGCUUCUAAAUGAAAUCACAGCUACAGGGAAAUUCUAGUACAAGGAAAGGUGUUCUCUACAAUCUAAAAAUAGGUGAAUUCAUGUCUAUAUCGACCAAAAUGAGUUUGAAAAUAUCAGCAAAUCAGAAGUCUGCAAAAAUUUGAUAUUGGGCAUCCUUACAUUUAAAACAAAGAGGCAAGUCAAAUCACACCACUUAGCAAUGUCAAUGCUUUAAUGAAGGUCCUUUAUAUGAUAAUUCAUCAUAACUACAGUUGCAUAUUUCAAUAUUUCCUGAUGGGUAUACAAAACCCAUUUACUUGGAUCCAGAUAAACUGUAAAAGGUUGAUUUACAGCUGUGUUUAACAGCAAAUGCACCAAACAUUUUUCACAACCUCAACCUCACUUAUUAUUGGCUAACUAGAGAUUUUACACCAGUAAAAAGUGAUUCAAUUACAGUGGCAUAAGGCAUUUAGGGUAUUACAAGUACAAAACUGCAGAUUUUAAUGCUUUGUAACUAUUGAAAAUCCCUUUUACUUUAAUGUUAGACUGAAAUGUAGUUGGAAGUUCAUUAUUCAAGCUACAAAAAAUAUAUUUUUUUCAAGACUAAAGCAUCUGUUAAUAACUUUGAGAUAGGGGCUUAUCCACUACAAAUACAUAAUCUUGUCAUCUGAAUAAAAUAAAUUAAAAAAAGGUUGAAUUCUUUGCUGACAAACUUUAGAAAUAAUUUAUAAUUUCACAGAUUAUUCAAAGUUUUUUUUGAAGGCAUUAAGGUCGUUUUCUUUGAAAACAUUAUGAAUUUGAUCUUAGUUACCUACAUGGUACAUGCUACUGGUAGAGCAAAGAUGUAUUUUUGGGAAAGUUGUCUGAAUUGUUCUUAAAAACAUUAGGACAAAAUAAUAGCAAACUAGUGGGCUUUGCCCUCUUGUAUCGCCUAAAUAAAUCAUGAUAAUUUCCCGCCAAAAGAAAAGACCAAAAAGGCAGCAAUUAACGUUAAUUGUUCAGUUUCAGAGACCUGCUCAUAACGAUGAAAACAUUCACUCACCUGCUGUGCAUAAAGAUCCAAGAAACCAGAAUAAACACAAAAGAAAAAGUUGUCGUACAGUUGGCAGAGUCAUGACUUUUCCUUUCCUCUCUUCUCUUAGUUCCUGGGCUCGUUUUCGGCUCGGUUCGGCUCGGUUCGGCUCUCCUCGCCAGUGUCUGCCUCAGGUUUGAAUGCUUUGCCCUCUGGCCGCAGUGUUUAAAAGCUCAUAACCUCUCGUACGCAGAGGUGACCAAUCAACCUCCGUGCGCAUCACAGCGCGCACGAUUGCGCAAAUCCAACGCCCCCUUCUCCACACUCAGACCAUCCCUCUGUUUCACACACAUACAUAGAUACACACCCACACCCACUCAAACGUUUCUGUUUCCAGGAAUCAAACUGCACUGGGAAUACUGGGCUGGAUUUUUAAUACAAGUGAUGAGACCUAUGUGCUGAUGUCAUGUCGAUGAUACAGAUAGGAUAAUAUGCCUAACCUCCUCAUGCAUGAGUAGAAAAGUAACAAUAAUCAUAUUGGAAAGGAGCCAAUAAAAUACAUUAAUAAUUCAACUCACAGCAGCUGUGGUAGAAAGACUUCAUUGUCAAGUCCUAAUCGAUCUAAUCUUUUAAAACAAACUACUUUGGUCUGUUUAUUUGAACCUCAAAACUUCGACUCUGAGGCUUUGGUGAAAUGGCAAUAAAAUCUGGAAAAAAGCAGAUAUUGCUGCUGAUAAUGGAUGAAAAUACAAAUAUGCAAAACUGUGCGGUAGGUUAUAAAGUAACUUGUAUGCCCAAGAUCAUAACUAUCUCUCACAAUUUAAUAACCUGUUGGCAUAGUAUUACCUUGUGGGAACAAUUUCAUUGAAUGUAUUGUGAACUGAAGCUACUGUGCACAUAAUGAUUAACUUGAGGCAGGCAGCCAUCAGCUAAUAGGAGUUAGAUGAGGCUGUUUCCAUGGUCCCAAAGCUGAGUGUGCUUUAGCAUUAAGUAUUUUAUCAUAAGACAGCCACAGUCAUUUUAUUUAGUAAAUCCACAGAUCCAUUUUGUUGUGCUUUUGAUUUGGAGAGGACAUUUUUUGUUUGCAUUUACUUUGCUCAAAAACCUGCUUAAUGCAUAUGUUUGGGCUGUCAGCAGUUACACAUGAUACAGUUCCAAAAUGAAAGCAUAAUAUAAAUAUUUCUUUUCUGCGCUUACAAAUUCCCCAAUUGGCACACUGCGGCUACAGCUGCGUCUCCCCUCACUAGCGACUGCUAUGAUUGAACAUAAUAACACUCCUAUAUAUUUAAAUGGCAGAUUCUUAUUUAAAAAAAUCAAAGAUAGUUCAGUCAAAGAGUCAAAAGUGAUGUUUACUUAAUGUUGAAAGGUUUAAAUGAUCACCAAAUAGCUUCAGCUUACCUACAAAGUAAGCAUAUAGGUGAGAAACUGCGUCAUAACAGUGAGGAGAACACAGAUCUGAGGGAUAUCUUCAGGUUGGGGUGAUGUUUCAGUGAUAUGCCUGAUUAUGGGAAAAAAUAAUCUCACACAAACAGUACCUGUAUGAAACAGAGAAAGCAACUCAUCUGGAAAAUCUGAAAAGUGUAAUUGUUGUUACAUUAACAUGAUUACAAGUCAAAAUGAUCUCAGAAUAGAGGAACUUCUGCAUAUUUCUUAUCAGUUGUUAAUAUGAACUUAAAAACUUAUUUUACAAUGUAAAUAAUGUAGUUUUGAACAACGAAUUCAAAAUGCAAUUAAGCCUUUUUAACUAUUACAAUUCUUUAGUUAUUGCAAUUUUAAAUAUUUAUCAUGAAACAGCCCUUUCGCAUUUCUAUUACAAUCUUUUACUUAAUUAUUCUUUCAUUUGAGUAAUUUGAUCCUUUUUAGCUGUGACAUCUGAAAUCAUUGGCAUAUGAAAGUUAUUACAUGUGAAAUAUAAACAUUAAUGAAUGUAUUCCGGGUGUUAGACCUACAGAGAAAUGGUUUAUACUUUCUGUGUUUGGUUUAGGCUUCAUGACGUUACAUUCGAGAGAUAAACUGAAGACAUUAUACAGUAGAUGUGUUUUCAGCCUGACCCACAGACUGAUUCAAAUAAAACAUUUUUCUAAAUCUGGCACAUUUACAUCAAGCUUUUGUAAAUUCAUGUGCGUUUUCCCUGAUACAUAAAUAAGUAUUGAAUAAAGAUAUCUAUCUGUAAGUGAAUCAGACAGGUUCAUCCACAGCCUGGUGCUGAUAUUGUUUUAUUUAUCUGAUCAGGAAACACACCUGUUGUCAGGUACUGUGUUUUUUGGAACUUACUGUAUGUUGACCUCUCAGGGAUUAACUGCUUGGAUCAGAUGGGUUGGUGACAGAUUGGGAAUCUCAUUUCCCCGGACAUUGACACAUAUUUCAAAUUAAAGUCUGACCUUUAAUGGAUAGUGUGAAACUGACUCCUAUUGUCAGACACUUUGUCUUCAUGCCAGGCAGCUCACUGCUUUACUUUAACCUGCAGUGUGGGAGAUGAUUGAAAAACAAGCAGGCACGUAAACUAUGAGAUCCUUUAUUAUAUUAAGGUGAUGCACUUUUGAAAAUUCUUCACAGGAGCUGUAACGUAUCAAACUGGACACUGUAAUGCAGUCAUCAAAACCUGAAAAGAUACAGCAUCUCUAGUAGCCAUUUGUCUGAUCGCACAGUGCUCUCCACGUUUCAUUUUCAGACAUAAUAUCAACUCUUUUAAUACAAACAUUUGGGCUUUUUCAAAACUAUCAUUUUAACUCAACUGUCUACGUCGCAAAUUCACUCAGCAUGACCAAACACACAAGAAACACAAAUAAUAUUCAGAUCUGCUGUACUUCCAAACCGGAAUAAGUACUCAGCAGAUAGAUUGAGCUUCUUCAUGGAGACUAAAAAAAGCCAUAAGCACAAUCACUGUUGACUCUUGAAGCCCCUCAGCGUUCAGCACAUUUGAGCAUCUCAUAAUCGCAGGCUAUCUUCUGUGACUGGCCUGCAAAACAGCAAAGGAAAUAGAAGUAAUUGAGCAACGGAGACAGAGCUUAAGAGCUUCUCGUUCUCUUUCUCAUUUUAAAAGAUGGACACCCCGCUUUCAAGUGCUCAACAAGGGAUAUAAACAAGCUUGAUCAGAGAAGUCACUAUAUAGACGAUUUCAAAUACUUGUGACACAACUUAAGAGCUUCAUAACUGGCCUGCAUUUAUGUUUUUUUCUUCCGUUUCAUUCUAUAUUAUCACAGUUUUACAUUUCUGUAUUCCUAAAGUAGAUGAAUCAUACCCCGUUAAGUUUUUCUAUAUGUGGUAAACGGAACAUUUUUUAUCCAAGAUGUUAAAUGUUUCUAAAAAUACACACAGAGCAACUGUAAGUGCUAUACAUUGGCCCCUAGUAAUGGGCUGUAGCUUGUAAUAAAAGUUCAUAAGUGAACCACUUUGGUACAAAAUAACUGGAUGUGACUGGUUAUGAAAAGAAGACACUAAGAGCUAAAGUAAAACCAGGGUUGUUAUGGUAAAGACUUGCUAGGAAAUAAGAAACAUGUAAUAUAGAAUAUCGAAAGGGAGUUUCAAAGUCUUCAUUUCUAUCAGCAGCUAGCUAGUUGGUCUCAGACGUCUGGCUGCAGUGUGAUAUAAGGAGGUGUCAAUCCUUGUAAAGCCUUUGAAACAAUCAGUACGAUGGACUCCAAAGAGUUCUUUCUUGACAGGAAAUAAAGUCUUGCUAAACAGAUACUGCAGAAAAUGUUUGAGGUUUAAAUUCAGUUUUUUACAGUCAAACAUCUGAUAACACUCACACUAGGUCAGGAAUAUUAUGAGUAUCAUAUCCUACUCACAAAUAUCUGUACACAUAUUGAUAAUGCCUGAGCCAAAAAAUAUUUGGGGCUUCUAUAGAAUGAAUAUUUAAUAACUCUAAAUUGUAAUUGAUAGGAGCUAUUGAUGCAAAACAAAGUGACACUACACUAUUAGAGUGAAGAGAGGCUGGGAAUGUUAUCCUCUCAUGAUGUAUGCUUUACUUUAGCUUUAAAUUCACAUUGUAGGCUGUCUUUGUCAAUUUAACUUCAUCAGCAGUGCCAUGUGAAACCACCUGGUGUUGUUUUGUGGUGGAUAACACAUCGUCCAGAGCAGGGGGGGUUAAUGAAGAACAUUAGUCUCCCACCUCAGGUUAACUACACCUGUCUUAGUUAACCCAAUUUAGUAAUUAGCACCAUCCACUAAGCCCAAUGUGAGUCACAGAAAAUCAGAGUGAAAAUGCUUCUGAGCUGCAGUUUACCAGAAGAAGUCUGCAGUUUGACAAAACAACCUCAAAUAAAGAAAAAUCCCACAUUUUUGGUGUUUUAGACUUUUAAACACAUGAAACAAAACAGAUCAAUGUGGCUGCAUAAUGUUAAGUACGUAAAUAAAUAAUAAAUAUAUGAAUUUUGUUCAUUAUUUUAUCAAUGGUGUGUUAUUUUACCACUGUCCCUGCCAUUUCAGCUACAUUAGUCUUUAAAAAAGUGGUUAAACUCAGUCACCCAUUGGCUAAAGAGCUGCAAAUAUUUAAGUUGAGUAGCUAUGGUUACUAAAUGACUAGCUGUCACACAAUUAAUUGUGCUUUACUCGAAGUUUUAUUAUAAAAACUGAUGUCUUAUCAAAGUUAAGCUCUACAUAGUUGUCAUGUAUCUAUAGUAAUUAGCAGCAAUACUAGGCUGUAUACAUGUAAAUAUCUGCUGUAAAGUUGAGCAUUUAUGACUGAGGUCAGUGAUGGUUACUCACUCUUGGAGCCAGCCUCUAGAGGCCACUAAGGGAACUGCAAUUUCCCAAGAUAAGUGUUACAUUUUAACACAGACACACACACGCUUAUGAUGCUGAACAACUCCUCUAUUUGUACCCACCCACUACUUAUAGCUUACAAACUACGCAUUAGUGUCUCAACACAUCAUGGUAUAUUAUGCAUUCCUAGCGAACUACUAUCUUCCUGCCCCCCCGAUGAAUCACACCAUGGUCAUACACACACAUAUUGCAUCUGAACAGUCUCUACCUGAGGGAAACACUCAGGAGCAAUAGAGCAUGAUGGGAAAGUGUCUUGCAGUGUGGGGAUUUCCAGAACAGCCUUUUACACUGAUUGGUUUUGACACAGCUGCUUCAUCAGUGUGAAAGUUUUGCCAUUUUUCAGACGUUACGAUGUUGGAUAGUCCCUGAUUAGGGCCUCUGUUAGUGUGAGUGUGUUUGAUUUAAUACAGCAUCCUCCCAAAGUGUGGCUGUCUGAUUGCAUAUGAUUGUGCAAAUAAACACAAUGUUCUCCUCCAGUGGAUCGCAGACAUGAAAAGAAAAACAGGACACAGAUGCACUGAUGGCCCUCCAACUCUUGUUGUUUAGCUGCUUAAAGAAUCUGGAGAAACUGUUCUUUUCUCAUCUUCAUUAUAAGACCCAGAAAUACAGUGUGAGAUUUAUCUCAAUCCAUGUUUCAAUCAGGUUGUGGUAAAAUACUUGACUGGUCAAUACCUCAUAAAAAUGGUGUGUUAGUUUUUGAUGGCAGAGUAUUGUUGGGGUCAACUACAGCAAAUUAACUCCUGGAAAGGCUCUAGAACAUUUCUGACAUUGUGGCAAAAAUGUUUACCUUUGUAAAACCAUAAACGGUAUGAACAAUAUUUUGCUAUUACAUUAAAUGUAUCUGGGCUUAUAGGUAGGACACAGAUUUGUGGUUAAAGGGAUAUUCCGGUGUAAAAUUAACUUAGGGUUAAACACACCAUAAAACCGAGUUAGACACCCCCUGGAGAGAUGAAUGUUGCUGACCGCUUGCUUCUCUAGUUAUACCAACUUUAGUAACAACACGAUAGCAAUACACAGCGGUUUGAGGAGCCGUAAACAAACCUCAACCAAAAGCCACAGGUCUAUAGCCACAAAUAAUGCUCAGAACAGCACCUAACUUCAUCAACAGUACAUAUAGAGUCCCAGCCACAGCACUAGCCACCAAACAUCUUUUCAGCUUUGCCUAAUUUCUUUAGCAAAGAGACUAAACACAACUCACCUACUCUCUUCCAGCAGCCACUUGUUUGUAGCGAGACCUCGAGUCAGUCCAUUACGGACUAAAGUGGGGUGACGCAGCUCAAGGAAGAACAUUUAUGAUCAUUUCUUCAUGGAAAUGCAAUCAGACCGAUAUGCUAAGGCAGAAGAACCACCGCGUCUGCAGUGCAAAAUGAUUAAUAUGGUGAUUAUUACUUCAAGGAAAUGAUAAAGAAAUGAUCGUGUUUCUCUCAUGGGUCUCUCAUGUUUUAAAAAUUAGUUCAGAUCUCAAAAGUCUGAAGUUGUUGGUGAGGAAAUAGAAGAAGAGAGUAAGUGAACAGCAGAGAACAUGUUCAAAACAAAAAGAGCUGUAGCUGGUUACAAAUUGCUCUGUAACCAAUUUUUAGCUUGUUGCUUUGAUCAAGGAGAGCUUUUUAAGUAUUCGGAGAUGGACUUUUCAUAGGAUAGGUCCACACAAGCAGCCUUGUCCUGUAGGCUAAAAUCCUUGGUCACUUUUCUUUGUUCUUUGUAAGAAGUUUUUGUAGAAAGCAAUAGAUGACAACAAAAGUAACCAUGCAUUCGUCUGGGAAAGGUACUAGAAUAACAAGGUGCUCUUCUCCAGCAUUGACUUUUCACAGAAAACAGGAAUUUUUCAUUAUUUUUGUCGGUCAGGAUGUUUGUCACGGCUUGGCAUUAAUGAGCGAGUCCACAUCACUUUGUUGUUGUUGUGCCACAUCAAUGCUCUGUCCCUUAUUAACCCCAUAACUCAGCUCACCUUUAAAAGGGUCGAUGUGGCUCAAGUGCUGCUCAGGGAACGUUAUAACACACAUUUCAGAGGGCGUUACUCAACACUUUUCCAUGACCGUGAUUUGUGAUCAAAUAAGGCCUCAAGGUUUUUUCGUUUUCCAGAGAAAGUGCAGAGCUGUCAAGUCCACAGGCAGGAGAAAGAGGCAAUUUCCGAUGAUGAAAAUUAAAGCUAAUGUGCAAAUGCAAAAAUACUGAGGCCCUGCACUUAAGCUUCAUUUACAAAGGUUUGAGUAUUCCAGUAAUGAGCUCGAGCAUGGUUUUGUGAUUUUUGAGAUAUGGCGUUUACAUCAUAUCUGUUUAUUAAUAAUAUCGACUCUUGUAUUCAGGUUUCUGAUCACUGAAUCCUAUGUUUGCUAAAACCUGUGAUUUUAUAUUACACAAACCGUGGCAGUUUUGAUUUCUGAGAAAAAUUAUAAUUGAAUUCCAACAUUUUCCAGCAACAAGAAAAGAGAGCGAAUAAAAAACAUGUCUUGAACUCUGACUGGUAUCAGUCUGUCAAGGCCAUCUUUUAGGGCAGUAGUAAUGAGUGAAGAUAGGUCAGCUGCUUUGUUGCUCUAGAAGUAAGAUGUCCUCAUUGCCAGCAUUGUUUGUUUUGCUGAUUUGUCACUUGGCUAAGGCUUCACCAACUCGGGUAAAAUUAGAGAAGUUUGUCUUUAUUUUGUGAAACCCCAAACUUUAAGUCCAAAUGACUCCUUCAUAGUUAUUGCAUGUGUAUUUUAAUUUUCUAUCCCUUUUUUUUUCAUUUUUAAUUCUGCUAUAGAUCAAAUUGUGAAAAUGGGCCAUUACAAACACCAAACAUCUCUUUCACUAAAGCUUUAAACGCGUGCUCUGUGAAGCAAAGCAACAGAUGUUUUUAUGUGAGUAUCUCAUUAGAACCCAAACUAAUUAACUUCUUUUACCAAGAGACCCUGACGGCACAUGUGAAUGUGUGUUUGAUUAAAUGACUAUAAACUGCUGUGUCUCUGUGUGAACAUCAUCAUCAGCAGUGAUGAGUCUUUAGCAGCGCGGCAGCUUGUACAGCAGCAGGUUGGAAACGUGGCAGGUGACUAGUGGUGCAACGGAUCACAAAACUCACGGAUCGGAUCGUUCCUCGGAUCAAGAGUCACGGAUCGGAUCAUUUUUUCGGAUCAGCAAAAAGAAAAAAAAACAAGACAAAUAAAAUAUAUAAAAGUAGUGCACAGGGCAUAAUAUCUUCUUUUUAACAUAAUUAUUAAUGAAAAACAACUUAAACAAGUACAAUAUACAGGCAUAUCUCCUUCCUUUAAAAUGUAACAAUGAACCAAAAAUGAAGGGUGUGCGCGAUGGGAUGUCGUAACGUGGCUCAAGCACUUUCAGCAUGUUUUUAAAGCCCUCGUUUUGCACAACUGAAUACGGCCUCAUGUCUGCAGCUAUAAACACACCGAUAGAGUUUGUGAAAGCUUUAGCCUGGUCGGAUUGCGCAGGAAGAGGCUGCUUAAAUGCUGCGGUGAUGAGCGGUUGUUGGGCAGCUUCCGUUUUAUCUCAGGUGUUAUGCCAAAGAAUGCACCCCUGCCGUAUAGUGCACCCCCUAACGGGAGCGCGGUUGAAAGUACAUAACAAGGCGAAAUAAUACAAGUUUUCCUUACGUUGGAUGUAUUCAACAGCGUUUGCCUUUAAUAAUUUCAUUCAGGCUAUUCAUAUCAAAUAUGAGAUCAUUAUCUCCACUUUAAGAAGCUAACGGGUGGAGGGGAUGCAGGGGGUGCGUUCUACGGCAGGGGUGCAAUCUACGGCACAACACCUGUCAGUAAAACACCCGGGUGAUGUCGCUUCAAAUGCGUGAACAUGCUCGAUGUGUUUCCACUGUCAUAUGGCUUUCUUAUGCCACAGUGCCUACACUCCGUCGCAGUUUUGUACACUGACCUCUUUCCUUCUUCAUCAUAAUUGACAGGGAAGCCAAAAUGCUCCCAUACAGGGGAUUUAAGUGUCGCGGGGCGUUCGAGCUCCUCCUUUCUCCGCUUUCAGAAAUCGAUCCGCGGAUCACAUGUGUGCCGAACCGAAUAUGUCGAUCCGAACGGAUCACGGAUCAAUGAUGAUCCGUUGCACCACUACAGGUGACAGAUGCUCUCUCAUUAGACGCAAUGAGCAAAGUAGUGUGAGCGGUCAGCGUGAGUCAGAGUACAGGAACAACCUCUGCUGUUAAGAUGGCGGCGGAAAAGAGAGAGGAGAGACCACUUCUAACCGAGCAGGAGCUGGGUGAACAAUCAAAAAGCAGUAAAUAAAAUGAUGAGACAUGAACAUUUCCCAUGUACCCAUAUCAUAUCAUCAUGUACAGUGUGGUCACAAAAUGACAGUCUACGUGAAGUGAACUUGUUAACAGUCCGUUGGGAAAUAUUGGUAGGUUUGAAGAAUGGGUUAGUGGAUAGUUUAAGCUGUGUGUUGAGACACAUUUUGUCUCAUAGAUUUGUACGUUGUGCAGGACAAAAAUGCAUCAAUAAUGCAGUUGGUACAAAUGCCAUGUUUUCAUUUCUAUAACAGCCCCUUUGAGAACCAGUGGUUAACAGUUAUGGACCAACAUCAUAAGUUCCCUCCGUUUUGCAGUCAUGGCUUCCUUAUUUUUCCAACCACACUAAAGUUGCACAAUAAUAACCCUUAAAGAACUUCUGGAUGACUUUUUGAAGUUGCUUUUCAUGAUCUGUAUGUGUAUUUUUAGUGCAACCAGGUUUAUGCAGAGAGCUUACCUUUUCAGCAGCAAACCCCUAAACAUUGUGUCCAAUGAACUUUUCUUCUUCUCCAAAUUCAACCAAACAACCCAUUUAUCUUCCUUUCUUUUCCCUUGUCUGUCACCAAUCUCACUUGUUUAAUAUCAAAAUAUUUAUCCCCUUCAGUCUGCAAUGGUCAACUAAUGUUGUAAAAUAUGAGGAAGUAAGGUUUACUAGCUGUUGAUCUCACAAAAGCUCCCAUGCAGUCAUUUCUUUUUUGAGCUCUAUACUGUAAAUUCCUGAUUGCAAAAUCAAUAUGAUGUGGUCUUGUGAAUACUGAUCCAUGUUUUCAAAGUGACCGAGGCUGAGUCAGCAAUAUGGCAGCUGCUCCAGAUACUGGACUCUCCCUGAGAAACAAAUGGGUUACAUUACCAAGGCUACGUCUGUUUAAUAUACGGUCAUUGUUCUGUGUAUGGAGCAUGAGACUUAUCAGUUACAUCAUACUGUGUACAGGAACUUCAGUUUUAUUCAAUUUCAAGAGAUCCACAGUGUCCACAGUUCUCAGUUCAAGAGAAGCAACCACCUGGAACGUACAGUCUCCUUUAGUUGGGAUUCUGGUCUGAGGAACAGCCAGCAAACCCUGAUCAGAGGACCUCGGAGUCCUCCUGAGGUUAUAUGGCUUCAGAAAGUCUCAAAUAUAAGCUGGAGCUUUACCAUGCAACACUCAGUACACAUCCACAAGUAAUUAAAAUUGGAUUCUGAAUCGAAUGGGGGAGAAUGGGAAGCCAGUGCAAAGACCUGAGGAUGAGUGUGACAUGAGACUGUCUGGAUGAUUUUGUCAGGAGCUUUGCUGCAGCAUUUUGAACCACAUGUAUGGCAUUGGCUGUGUAGUGUUUUACAAAAUAAAAAGGCCCACAACAGCACAUCUUACAUCCUAACUUUUGAAAAAGCCUCCAAAUCCUGGACCGACUGGUAAAGGUGUGGCACACGGAGGAUGCUGUGGAAAUUUGAAAGGAUUUUGUGAACCAUAGAAACUGUUCUCAUACCAAAAAUAGAGGAAGGAUAGGAAGAACCUGGUUUGAUGAAACACUUAUGUUUGUCUUUUUUUUUUUUUACUUGUGGCAGUACCCUCAUAUCCCGUAACAGCGGUGUUGGAUUAAGUUUGACUCUUGGAUGUGAUCGAUCACCAAUUCUCCACUCUUACCACCUGCAUCAUGAUUUGCACCUUUAAUAACAAAUCUUCAAGGCCUGUUCGGAGGAGUAGUAAAAGACAAACCCUGUAUUGACUCAGCCUGAUGUAGCUCUUAACUUACUGCUUCAAUAAAAAGCACUUUCACAAUUCAAUAACAGCUCCAUAGUUUGAACAUACAACUCUUAGUCUGGUCUCAUCUUGUCAUGUUUGUUUGAAUUGUAUGAGUCAGGGAAACAU